AUGGCCGCGGUCUAUCUAUUAUUAUCGGUUGGGGGUCAAAUAAACGCGGGGUGCACAAACGAGAUGAUCAACAGCUUUGGGCCGUGCUUGAGUUUUGUGUCGGGUAGUGGCUCGAGCAGUGUGUCUCCAACUGCGGGAUGCUGCGACUCGCUUAAGUCAUUAAUGGGGAGCAGCAUGGAUUGCGCGUGCCUCGUAGUGUCGGGAAACAUUCCCCUCCCUAUCCCUAUUAACCGAACGCUCGCGGUUUCUCUUCCCAAAGCUUGCAAAUCCCUUGGUGUAGUCCCCAUUCAGUGCCCACGUAAUUCUCUAAUUUUACUUCAAUUCAUGGUAGACCAUGUUAACUCAAAUAUUUCUCCACCAGCUCCAGGUCCAGUAACGAAGUCAGCUGGCUCGCCACCUCAACCGAUAGCAACUCCACCUGCGGCUCCACCUUUGGAUGCACCAUCGACACCAACAGAUGAUAACACGGGUCUUAACCGACCCUUGUUCACGCCUUUGUCCGCUGCUACCAAGUCCUCCUAUAUCACCGCCCUUCCAAUAAUACCUAUUGUUCUCGCAGGAUUUUUAUCGAUCUAA